AUGCACUUUCUGAGAUACCUUCCCCUCGUUUCCUUUGUUACGGCCAUCGCCUCUGGCACUCCAGAUGCAUCUCCUGAUCGAGAUGUUGACACCACGCUCUCUAAGCUCUCAGAAGUGACCGGCCCCCUUCUCGACGGUCUUACUACGAGCCUUGCUGGUGUUUCCAUCCCAGGUAUUAAUCCAAGGGAGACCAGCACAGAAAGGAAAGCAAUCAAACGACAAGCCCAGGAUCCACAACAAGGACUCUCCGAUGCCUUGAACUCGUUGCUACCGGUACAUCUCAGACUCUCCGUGCAGUAUGAGCACUGGCUAACCGGACAUAAUGAAACCAACCAGGGCAUCUCCUCCGUCCUAAACAACGGCGUAAUCAACCAAAUCUUCGACCUCCUCCGCGACGGCAAAAACAUCUUCACCCCCGAGUGGAAUGACAAGUUCAACGACGUUGCAGACCAACUUACCCCACUGGCAAACGACCUCGGCCUCUUCCUGGGCUAUCUCAUCCGCGUAAUCCUAACAGGGUCUUUCAGCGGCACCGGGACAACGGAUACGGGGCCGACGUUCACACAGCCUUCUUUCCCUAAUGAUACUGAUUCUGGGUUCGCAUGGCCGGGGUUUACUAUUCCUUCAGGGAGUGGGGAUACGCCGGCUACGUCUACUGAGUCUCCUAUCUUCUCUGCGACGUCGACAGGCUAUGGUUUUUCGGGAUUGGGGAUUGAUUGGUCUGGGCUUGGUGGGAGUGGGAGUGGGAGUGGGAGUGGUGGGUUUGGAUCAUCGUCGGUUGGUAUUAGUGUCCCUACGGGGACGGCGAGUGGUGGGUAUACUCCUAGCUUGACGACGCCGACUGCGAGUGUCUUUACUGGGGCGGCAGCGAGUGCCCAUAUGGACUUGCCUCUGGUGUUGGGGUUGGCUGGGGUCUUUGGCACUGUUGUUCUGGUUUAG